CUCUCAGUGUUGUUCGCAAUGGCUGUGCUCAAAGUGCUUGUUGCUUUUGCUGGAAUCUUUCUCGCUGUUUACUUUUAUUCAGCAGGGGAUGUCUUUGAACCGGCUAUGCUUAAGGGCAAGAGAGUAAUAGUCACAGGAGCAAGUUCAGGAAUUGGAGAGCAAAUGGCAUAUCAUCUGGCCAAGAUGGGGUCUCAUAUUCUCAUAACAGCAAGGACAGAAGAGAAACUUAAGAAGGUAGUUGCGCAGUGUACACAGCUGGGAGCUGCUUCUGCUCAUUACAUUGCCGGCAGCAUGGACAAUUUGACAUUUGCAAAGCAAGUAGUGCACAAAGCUGAGAACUUAUUUGGUGCGUUGGACAUGCUUAUCUUAAAUCACAUUGGUCACACAUACUUUGGUUACUUUGAUGGCAAUGUGGAUCAUGUAAGAGGUCUAUUAGAGAUCAAUGUCCUGAGUUACGCUACCAUGACAGUAGCUGCACUUCCGAUGCUGAAAAAAAGCAACGGGAAUAUUGUGGUUGUCUCAUCAAUUGCAGGUAAAAUUGGACUCCCUCUAUCUGUGCCAUACUCUACUACCAAAUUUGCACUGGAUGGAUUUUUCAGCUCACUGCGAAUGGAGUUUAUCCAGCAAAACACUAAUGUUUCUAUUACACUAUGCGUCAUCAGCUAUAUUGACACAGAUAGUGCUGUAAAAACUGUGUCAGGUGUAAUCCAGCAACCAGCAGCUCCUAAAGAAGAGUGCGCACUCGAAAUUAUAAAAGGAGGAUCGCUCCGAAAAAGGGAAGUUUACUAUCAAUAUCAUGCCACCAAGAUUCCACUUCUGCUCAGAGACUGGGCACCAGAAUUAUUACAGUCUCUUCUCCUUAAGAAUUAUAACAUGGACAAUUUUCAGAGGAGAGAAGUUUAGAAUAGGCACAAAAGAAGAUAACUCACACUGGACUUAUAGCAGGAUUGAUUUAGGGCUCUUAUUCAAGUGUGUUGUGUUGAUUAUGCAUACAGAUGCAUGCUGAAGGCAAAAAAAAACAUGAACAGAAGAAAACCCACAAAAACCUGAUGAAACACAAAUAAAGUAAAAUGCAGCUCCGAACACCCACGAAUACAGCUACAACUAGGCAGAAUAUAAUUAUAUCAAUUAGCGAAUGCAUUUAGGUGCACUUAACCCUGCGUCUCGAACGCACGUCAGACUCAUUAAAAAAAUGAUUAUGUGUAGCUCUUACCAUGAGGUGUAAAAAAUAAAAUUAAGUGAAAAGCAAA